UCCGUGUUUGUUCAGUUUUUCAGAUGAAUCUCGAAGGGAAGGAGAAGAAAAGUGUGGUUGUUGACGGGUAAAACGUGAAAGUAACAGCGAUGUGGGAUAUGUUGCCAUGACGUGAACAACGUCUUUCCCGAUUGCCGUAUUCCACUUGAUUUGUGAAGAAUCAUGGAGGGACGGACGGUGUUUCUCAUAGGGGUUAUAUGCCUGGUUCUCGGGGCAUGGGGGAAGAGUUUGAAUGACAGCACAGGAUGCCCCGAAGAACUGAAAGGAAGAUGUCGAUGUGGACUGCACGCCCUGGAACGUAUCUACCCUGAACUUAAUCCAGGGAGCCCGAUGUUCGUGACGAACUGCACGAACAGUCGAUUUCAGGACCCGGAUGUCUUGUCUUUCAUCCCAACGGAGACAGAAUAUUUGAUCUUCACCGGGAACGAGUUUCGGGAACUGCCGCCGAAUGUUUUCGGCGAGGAAGACACCAACCUGAAGAUCGUAGAUCUCUCCGACAACCACAUCACGCACCAUCGUCUCUUCUCCAACUUCUACAGCCUCAAGUAUCUUCAUCUCACGAAUGCCUUCACAGAGGCCGAAGAUUCCGAGAAAUAUUUCCUCAGCCUGGAACGAAUCUUUGCGGGAAGUUCUUUGGAUGAGCUGAAGAUACUGCACCUGGAACAGAAUGAGAUCCAUUCUUUCUCGAAUGGAGGCGUCUUUUGUCACCUUCCAUCCGUCGAAGAAAUUUAUCUCGGAGACAAUUUGAUCCGUAAGCUUAGUUUCAACGUUUCCUGCCUGACCAAGCUGCGGGUUUUGGACCUCCGACGGAACCUCAUCGAGUUUCUGGAUGAGGGGAGCAGGAAGCUCCUGGACGAAAUUCCGUCCAAGAACUUCCAGGUGGAUCUGGGCCUGAACCCUUUCCUCUGUGAUUGUCACAUCAAGGACACCUUGACGUGGAUGAACGAGACGAAAGUGGUGUUGUUGGAAAGAAAGGACUAUCGUUGCCGGGAUGGCAUUCCCAAGAGUAACAUCAACAAGACCCUGGAUGAAAUCCGUGAAAUGCAGUGCUUCAGCGCAUCGCCCCAGUCAGUGAAUGCUGUAUACCCCAUGGCUUAUGAACCAAAACAUCCAAGAGCUACGGAGCAUUUGUUACACCUACGUUCAACAGCGGGAGUCCCUGCAGAAGGAAAGAAUGCCAAUUCAUUAAAACUAUGGAGACGGAAGCUUUUAUUCCAGGAAUCUUUGACAGUCCAUCGUUUUGAUUAUGUCUGCCCAGAGGACCUGAAGAAGGCUGAAUGUGCUCUGCUCGACGCUCGGAGGAGCCGGCCGGAGAAACUGUGA